CCUCAUUCGGUUGACGGAAAAAAGCAAAAGUACUUUCCCAUGAUGCAGUGUAGUCAGUCCACUCACUCACGCACGCACACUCAUGAAUUACCGUUAUAUACGACGCACUCGCGCCUCUGGCACAUACCCACCAUCCCUCACCGCCCCUUGUUCAUCAGACGAGCUGUUUGACUUCGAAGAAUGACUUGAGGUAGUAGAUCUGAAAACCCGCCAGCACCACCAACACAGCCACCUGAGCAGUCAGUGAGUGCACCACAGCCACACACCAGACAGACACAUGCGAUGCGUCCAUUCUACGUGUGUGUGGGUGGGCUGUGCUGACUGACCUCUAGGAAGGUCCACCAUAGGAUGCGGCUGUUGGUCGUCUCGGAUGCUGACGCACACACACAUCGCAUAGGCAGAAGGUGGCAUGCAGUGCAUCGGCUUACUGUCUCGGUGCACGGCUUCCCUCGUGGUGGCGUAAGACUGCUGCGCUGAGAUCUCCUGCACCUUCUGCACCCACACAUACACCAUAACAUGGACACACGAGAAAGAAGAGUGCAUCCAUCCAUGCCUCCCGUCCCCUCCCUGCCUCCCUCACCCCCUCCAACGCGGCCACCAGGGCCUCCAGCUUCUUUGAAUCGUCUGCACACACACACACACACAUACGCAUGCGCGCACACACACAGAGAAAGCAGCGUUACGAAGGUCCUCAUUGGAUCCUCCAGCGACCCACCCAGUGUCGCCAGCUCUUCUGGAUGGGUCUCCUGCUUCUGGGCCCUGCACACAACACACCAUGGAGAGACGGGCACAGGCGUCCAUCCCAUCCAUUGUGAGCGGGGCAGGCAUGUGUGUGGAUGUGUCGUCGUAGCAUAUCUAGUACCUGACGUUGAAGCUGAUGGUCUGAACGUACGACAGCAGACUCUUAAAACACAACCGAUACUGCCCAUCCUCAGCUGACACACACACAUCCACACAUAGCUUCUCCCCCCCUCCCUCCCUCCCUUCCUCCCCUCUGGUGCCACUCGCUCAUCCAUCCUUCAUGGCUGCCUACCAGCGGUGAUCCGUUGGUUGCCUGAGGCCUUGAUUUCGCUGUACAGCUCCUGCUCCUUGAAUGAGAGUGACGUCCGUACCGACCGGUCGCUGCCGAUGGCCUCGAACGAAAACACUAUGUCGUCACCCGACUUGGCGUCCACUCCAAAACACUCUGAUCGAUGGACGGAUGCAUGGAUGACACCACACACAACACAAUCACCACACACACGCAACACACCCUGUUCGUUUGUGUGUGACUUGACUGACCUCUGGCAUUGGGUGAGAUCUUGAAGAAGAGCGCUCGGGCAGGCACAAGCAGAAAGGUGGCCGCCACAAGCACACUCAUUUGACGCUGCCUCGCAUCUCCUCGCCGCCUCUUUGGCGUCGGCCGUGCCGCUGGCCUGCUGAUGACUGCAGCGGCCUCCGGGGCGGCGACGGGUGCAUCUGGCAGUGGAGGUGACGAUGGCGGCGCAUCCUGGGCCCUGAUCUUCAUGCUGGACGAGGGAAUGACGCUUUGUGCAAG